CACCCUCACCCGGGGGGGUAGGGAGGGCCGGCCCAGGCAGGGCGGGGCGGCACCUCGGCUCCCGCGGCGAGGACACCCCGGGAGCAAGGCGCCACGCGUCUGGGCGCCUCUCCUUCCGGUGAGGGGCUCUGGGUCUGUGGGGCGGGGCCUAAUGGAGGCCAGUGGCCCCGGGACCUGCGGAGGAGGGGCUGAGACCCGGGGCUCGGAGGGGCGGCUGGCACCUGAGUCGAGGGUACACUUCCGAGUGACAAGGUUCAUCAUGGAGGCAGGUGUCAAGCUAGGGAUGCGGUCCAUCCCCAUCGCCACCGCCUGUACCAUUUACCAUAAAUUCUUCUGCGAGAUCAACCUGGAUGCCUACGACCCCUACUUGGUGGCCAUGUCUUCCCUUUACUUGGCCGGCAAAGUGGAGGAACAGCAUCUGCGCACGCGUGACAUCAUCAAUGUUUCCAACAGGUACUUCCACCCGGGCAGUGACCCCUUGGAGCUGGACUCGCGCUUCUGGGAGAUCCGGGACAGCAUCGUACAGUGCGAACUGCUCGUGCUGCGGGUCCUGCGUUUUCAGGUCUCCUUCCAGCACCCGCACAAGUACCUGCUCCACUACCUGGUCUCGCUCAAGAACUGGCUGAACCGUUACAGCUGGCAGCGGACCCCUGUCUCCGUUACCGCCUGGGCUUUGCUACAGGACAGCUACCACGGGGGGCUAUGCCUCCGCUUCCGGGCUCAGCACAUAGCCGUGGCAGUAAUCCACCUGGCCCUACAAGCCUAUGGGGUUGAAGUGCCUGCUGAGGCCGAGGCCGAGAAGCCAUGGUGGCAGCUCAUUGUCCCUCCUCGUCCUGGAAUGAGAUUCCAUGUGUUUAGUGAAGACCUUACCAAGCCAACCAUUGAUAACAUUGUGUCUGAUCUCAUUCAGAUUUAUACCAUGGACACAGAGAUCCCCUAAAGCCCUGGUCCAGGCCUCCCCAAAGAGAAGCCCGGGACGCUUGGCAGCCUGGGGACAGCACCGCCAAAGGGCCGUGAAGGCCAGCCCCCAGAGGACCAGCUGGGAGGGCUGGUGAAGGCGAUGACUGUCCCCAGCAGCUGUGGUCGGGACAAUGACGAGAGUCACGCCUUCAGCGGGCAGGCUGAGAGUAUACCGCGUGAGGUGGCUCAAGGCCAGUCGCCGCGUCAACAUUUGUGCUUUGAGAGGACCUGACUGCCGUUGAAGAGUGAUGUCAUCAGCAGGAAAAUCUAAGAAGCUAUGGGACUGCACCCCUGGGGAUUUUUUAAAAGCCAGAUUUAUAGAAAGUAUGAACGAAUGUUCAACACAGAUGGAAUUUUAUUUUGUGUAAUAAAAGAUGAUAGAAAUCA